AAUUAUUUCACUUAUCAAUUUACUUAUAUUUAUUUUUAGAGUGAUUAACAAUGUCAUUUUAACGUUUUAAUGCCGUAAGAUGACGUUUAAGCCGCACAAAAUGGAAAUUCGGCGAAACUCGAACGCGCUCCAACAUAAACAACAUCUUAUGGUGACUUCCUCUCCUCCUCCUCCCGAGUAGUAUAUUUCUUGCGCUGGUUUUCUCCUACGGGAUUGCCUGUGACCGGUGUCUCUCGCCGGCCAUGGAGGCAGCAGGAGCAACGACUGGCAGAAAUACUAGAUAUAUGAUGGAAGGGGUCGGUGCCAGGGUGAUUCGGGGCCCCGACUGGAAGUGGGGCAAGCAGGAUGGUGGUGAGGGUCAUGUUGGUACAGUUCGAAAUUUUGAAUCCCCUGAGGAAGUAGUAGUAGUCUGGGACAAUGGAACCGCUGCAAAUUAUCGUUGUGCGGGUGCAUAUGAUCUACGUGUUUUAGAUUCUGCGCCAACUGGUGUUAAACAUGAAGGUACCAUGUGUGACACUUGUAGACAGCAGCCCAUAUUUGGAAUUAGAUGGAAGUGUGCAGAGUGUAGUAACUAUGACUUGUGUUCAGUUUGUUACCACAGUGACAAGCACAAUCCCCGUCAUCGUUUUUAUCGAAUCACUACGAUAGGCUGUGAAAGAGUGUUGUUGGAACCUCGCCGUAAAAGUAAAAAGAUAGGGAUCCGAGGAAUUUUUCCUGGGGCAAGAGUUGUAAGAGGAGUAGAUUGGCAAUGGGAAGACCAGGAUGGAGGAAAUGGAAGACGUGGUAAAGUAUCUGAAAUCCAGGAUUGGUCUGCAGCCUCACCAAGAUCUGCUGCUUACGUCAUUUGGGAUAAUGGUGCCAAAAAUCUCUACAGAGUGGGAUUUGAGGGCAUGGCUGACCUAAAGGUGGUGAAUGAUGCAAAGGGUGGCACAGUGUACAGAGAUCAUCUUCCUCUUCUCGGUGAGCAAAAUCCUGGCCGCUCGGGACCCCACGGGUUGGCCAUUGGAGACCAAGUAAGUGUGAAUGUGGACUUGGAGCUGGAAAUUGUACAGUCAUUGCAGCAUGGCCAUGGGGGUUGGACUGAUGGCAUGUUUGAAUGCCUUGGAACAACUGGAACUGUUGUUGGGAUUGACGAAGACCAUGAUAUCGUUGUGGCUUAUCCAUCUGGUAACAGAUGGACUUUCAACCCAGCUGUUCUUACAAAGGUUGGCGGAGGUGUUGUGAUGAGCAAUGAAAGUAGUACCAGCCAACAAUUCAGUGUUGGUGACCUUGUGCAAAUUUGUGCAGACUUAGAACGUAUUAAAAUUCUUCAGAGAGGACAUGGCGAAUGGGCAGAGGCUAUGGUCCCGACCUUAGGUAAAAUUGGACGUGUGCAGCAAAUAUAUCAUGACAACGACCUUAAAGUGGAAGUUUGUGGCACUUCUUGGACUUACAAUCCAGCAGCAGUUACCAAAGUUGCCUCAGAUGGAGCUGUGCCUGGGGCUGCUAGUGGAGAGAGAUUGAGUGCACUGCUGAAGAAGAUAUUUGAAGCUCACGUCUCGGGUGAUUUAAACGAAGAAUUAGUGAAGGCUGCAGCUACCGGUGAUGCACAAAAGGUUGAUGAAAUUCUGAAAAAAGGAGAUGUGGAUGUUAAUGGAGUUUUUGCUGGUCAUACAGCCUUGCAAGCUGCCAGUCAGAAUGGACAUUUGGAAGUUAUUCACAUCUUGCUUCGAUAUAAUGCUCAAGUAGAAAAAGAGGAUAAAGAUGGAGACCGAGCCAUACACCAUGCUGCCUAUGGUGAUGAGCCAGGUGUGGUUCAAAUAUUAGCAAGUGCUGGAGCAGAUCUGAAUGCCCGUAGCAAACGAAGGCAAACUCCACUUCAUGUUGCAGUCAAUAAGGGCCAUGUUGGAGUUGUAAAAAUUCUGCUUGAACUUGGAGGUCACCCUAGUCUCCAGGACCAUGAGGGUGACACUCCACUUCAUGAUGCAAUUUCAAAGAAACGUGACGACAUCUUGACGCUGCUUCUGGAUCAUGCUGCUGAUAUCACCUUGACGAACAACAAUGGCUUCAACUCCCUUCACCAUGCAGCUCUUCGCGGCAAUCCAAGGUAA